GCUAAAAUAUUGUUCGAAAAUAAUUGUUAGCUGAAAAUUAAAAUCUUUCUCUAUUUUUAAAGAUUUACAGAAUUAAUAGAAAAUGUUAAAACUAGUUAUUUUGCUCUUUUUAUUUACUAGUGCAGUGUAUCUAUUUCCUCUUCAAAAGCGAAUGGUAGAUCUCUCUCACACAUAUGAUGAAAGAGCGAAUACGGAUCCUCGAAGUCUAGGAUAUAUGAUGACAAUUGACCGAAAAGACGAUUCACUGGGUCGCUGGUUGCAAUUUGAGGUUAUUUCUACCGGAACACAGCAAGGCACGCACAUGGAUGCACCAUCCCAUGUAAUUAAGGGAGGAUUUAAUAUUGACCAGUUACCAAUCGAAAAUUUCAUUGUACGUGCAACCGUCGUUGAUAUUUCAGCGAGAGUGGUAUCAGACCCUGACACUCAGUUCUUCAUUGAUGAUUUCAUGGAUUUCGAAAAGAAUACUGGAUGCAGUCUCGAUGAUACCUUUGUUCUUCUUCGUACCGGCUGGGACCAAAGAUGGGGAAGCAAUACUGACUACUUGGGUACAGAUGAUGGUGAUUUAACAAAACUACAUUUUCCAGGAUUGGAUUCCCUAGCUGCUCGCUGGUUAGUAGAAAGAAGGUCUAUCAAGGGAGUCGGCAUCGACACCUUCUCCAUUGAUGGCUCAUCGCCAUAUUUUUUAAGCCAUGCAAUACUCCUUGGAGAAAAUAAAUACGUUCUUGAGAACUUGAUGAAUAUUGGGCGAAUUCCCCGAUGUGGUGCUACUUUGUAUAUCAUGCCAAUGAAGUUGCGCGGAGCAAGUGGUGCGCCAACUCGGGUGAUUGCUUCUUAUAGUGAAGGAAUGGAAGCCGGAUGGAAUUUUAAACCUCGGGAGAUGGAAAGAGAUCACUUUUACACAGAAAUAUGGCCUCACUGGAAUUUUUCCUCUUGGGGGUGGACAAAAGACAUGUUUAAUGAGGAAAUGUGGCCUUAUUUCAAUUUUACAUCGGUUUGGUCAAAUGAUACUUUUGAUGAAGGAAUGUGGCCUAAUUGGAAUUUCACAACUUGGGGAUGGUCAAAGGAUGUGUUUAAUGAGGAAAUGUGGCCUGACUUCAAUUCUUCAUUUUGGGAAUGGGCAGAUGAUGAUAAACAGACUUGGUCAAAUUAGGGUUUUUAAUUUUAAGUGGGGUCAAAAGGUGAUGUUAGUCAAACAAUGCUGCCAGAAUGGGAUUUUUCAUUUUUAGAUUAAUAAAGAGAGUUAGUUUAUCUUUCUGAUGAAAUGAUGUCUAACCGAAAUUUUAUUUCUUGUUUUUUUUUAAUCU